AUGUCUACUUACGACCAGGUAGAGAUUGAAGACAUGACUUUUGACCCAGACACCCAGAUAUUCACGUAUCCGUGUCCCUGCGGCGACAAGUUCCAAAUAUACAUCGACGAUCUAUAUGACGGCGAAGACAUAGCGGUAUGUCCUAGCUGCUCGCUCAUGAUCCAAGUUAUUUUCGAGCAAGAGGAUCUAGCGGAAUACUAUAAAGAGGCUGACUCAGAGCCUCCAGCGCCUAUUUCUGUUGCUGCCUGA